AUUCCAACAACAACUCUGCUUCAACAUCCGCGCAGCCAUGGCGGUCGUCACCGAGAAAGAAAAUGUCACGCCUAACACCAUGUUUCAAAAACACCGCGGGCGAGUCCACGGUGGUGCACCUCAAACGGCAGACCGGCUGUUCAGGCCGUUCAAAUGUCCUGGGGCGAACGUGCCAUCAAGAAUAUCAGACAAGCCCGCACGAAAGAGACGCAAGGUCGACUACACUGGCGGCGACAACAGCGCAGAAGAUGGAGAUAAGCCGUACAGCAACGAUGACCGACUCGCACUCGCCACUCGCGAUGUCAACAGAUUUCCAGUCUUCAAGCCGAAAGACUCGGACUCCGCUUUCCGGAUGCGCUUCGCGGUGCCACUGAUCAACAAGGACACUACCGCGUACAAUGCAUGCCGUCCGCCGCCACUCCUGGGCAUGAGAGAAGGCGUGGCUUUCGUCGCGAAACCACUGCACGAUCCGAGUGGCGAAUUUGCCAUUGUCUUGUAUGAUCCUACGGUGGACGGCAAAGAGGAGGCGAAAGCAUCGCAGGACGGAAAGAAGGAUGAGCCGGAGAAGCUGGAUGCACCCCUCAUGCACAAGAGUCUGGCGGAGAUACUUGGGAUCAAGAAGAAGGUCAACGUUGAGCAGCCCAAGGUUCCGGUCGUGAUUGAUCCUCGACUUGCAAAAGUGUUGCGACCCCAUCAGGUUGAAGGCGUCAAGUUCCUCUACAAAUGCACGACCGGAAUGAUCGACGAAAACGCUCAAGGGUGUAUCAUGGCGGACGAGAUGGGUCUGGGGAAGACACUGCAAUGCAUUACGCUCAUGUGGACGCUUCUAAAGCAAUCUCCGGAUGCUGGCAAAGGCACGAUUCAGAAGUGUGUCAUUGCCUGCCCCUCCAGUCUGGUGCGCAACUGGGCCAAUGAGCUGGUCAAGUGGCUCGGAAAAGACGCCGUCGUACCGUUUGCCAUUGACGGCAAGGCUUCGAAAGAAGAGCUCAUUCAACAAUUGCGUCAAUGGUCGAUCGCCAGUGGACGCGCGGUCAUGCGGCCGGUUUUAAUCGUCUCAUACGAGACCUUGCGCCUCUACGUGGACGAACUGAGUAGAACUCCGAUCGGACUCAUGUUGUGCGACGAGGGUCAUCGUCUGAAGAACGGCGAAAGCCAGACAUUCGAAGCGCUGAACAGCCUCAACGUGCGCAAGCGUGUCAUUCUCUCGGGCACACCGAUCCAAAACGAUCUCUCCGAGUACUUUGCAUUGCUCAAUUUCGCCAAUCCAAACUAUCUUGGCAGUCGCCAGGAAUUUCGCAAAAAGUACGAGAUUCCCAUCCUGCGUGGACGUGAUGCGGCUGGUUCGGACGCAGACCGGCAGAAGGGAGAUGAGAGGUUGGGCGAGCUGCUCACGCUCGUGAACAAGUUCAUUAUCCGCCGGACCAACGACAUCCUCUCGAAGUACCUGCCCGUGAAGUACGAGCACGUGGUCUUCUGCAACCUCGCACCGUUUCAACUCGACUUGUACAACUACUUCAUCAAGUCGCCGGAAAUUCAGAGUCUCUUGCGUGGCAAAGGGAGUCAGCCGUUGAAAGCCAUCGGACUGCUCAAGAAGCUGUGCAAUCAUCCGGACUUGCUCAAUCUACCAGACGAUCUCCCGGGCUGCGAAGCGCAUUUCCCAGCCGAUUACGUUCCGAAAGACGCUCGUGGACGUGACCGAGACGUCAAGCCUUGGUACUCGGGCAAGAUGCAAGUUCUGGACCGCAUGCUCGCUCGCAUCCGUCAAGAUACCAACGACAAAAUCGUCCUGAUUUCCAACUACACCCAAACCCUCGACGUCUUCGAGAAGCUGUGUCGCAAUCGCAACUACGGCGUGCUUCGCCUAGACGGUAGCAUGAAUGUCAACAAGCGCCAGAAACUCGUGGACAAAUUCAACGAUCCUGAAGGCCCCGAGUUCGUCUUCCUGCUCUCGUCCAAAGCCGGUGGUUGCGGUCUCAAUCUCAUCGGAGCGAAUCGUCUCGUCCUCUUCGACCCCGACUGGAACCCAGCAGCCGAUCAGCAGGCCCUGGCUCGUGUGUGGCGUGACGGGCAAAAGAAAGACUGCUUCGUCUACCGCUUCAUCGCAACAGGGACAAUCGAAGAGAAGAUCUUCCAACGCCAAUCUCACAAGCAGUCCCUCUCCUCCUGCGUCGUCGACUCUGCCGAGGACGUGGAGCGCCACUUCAGUCUCGACUCGUUGCGCGAGCUCUUCCAGUACCGUCCCGGCACCACGAGCGACACACACGACACGUUCAAGUGCAAGCGUUGUAAGGAUGGGAAGCAGGUUGUCAAAGCGCCGGCCAUGCUGUAUGGUGACACCAGCACGUGGAACCACUUCACGAACGACGAGGGUGAUCGCGGGCCUAUGGGCAGGAUUCAAGAUUUGUUGCUGCGGCAGGAGGCGAAUGAUACGGCUGUCAGUGCGGUGUUCCAGUACAUCAGUCACUGAGUGGGAGUGGCGAUGUCUGUGGUGGCUUUUGCUGGGACGGAUCAAUGUGUGCCUGUUGAGGCAUCCACCAUGAAGCGCAUGCCACUAUACGGAUCCAUGAGUGGUUGUAGCUGUGGAAGAACAUCUAUACAUACAACAGAUA